GCGGAGCACAACUUCCGGGAGCACGUAGCUGAGGACUGCGGCCGCUUCGGGCGGGGGGCUCUGCCUGCGGGACCAUGCUGCUGCGAACCGCUUGGAGGCGGGCGGCCGCGGCUGUGCCGGUAGCUCCGGGGUCCAGGUCCGAGGCGCCCACUCGGGGGCUGCGCCUGCGCGUUGUAGACCAUGCUCCCCAGUCUGCUGUUCCCUCAGAUACAGCCACUGCUCCACCGGCAGAGUCAGUGCUGCGACCUCUGUAUAUGGAUGUGCAAGCGACAACUCCUCUGGACCCUCGGGUACUUGAUGCCAUGCUCCCUUACCUAGUCAACUACUAUGGAAACCCACACUCCCGGACACAUGCUUAUGGCUGGGAGAGUGAGGCAGCCAUGGAACAUGCUCGCCAGCAAGUAGCAUCUCUGAUUGGGGCUGAUCCUCGUGAGAUCAUUUUCACUAGUGGCGCUACUGAAUCUAACAACAUAGCAAUUAAGGGAGUGGCCAGGUUCUAUAGGUCACGGAAAAAGCACUUGAUCACCACUCAGACAGAGCACAAAUGUGUCUUGGACUCCUGCCGUUCGCUGGAAGCUGAGGGCUUUCAGGUCACAUACCUCCCGGUGAAGAAAAGUGGCAUCAUCGACCUGAAGGAACUAGAGUCUGCCAUCCAGCCAGAUACCAGCCUGGUGUCAGUCAUGACUGUGAACAACGAAAUUGGAGUGAAGCAGCCCAUUGCAGAAAUAGGGCAGAUUUGCAGUUCCAGAAAGGUAUAUUUCCAUACCGAUGCAGCCCAGGCUGUUGGAAAAAUCCCACUUGACGUCAAUGACAUGAAAAUUGAUCUCAUGAGCAUCAGUGGUCAUAAAAUCUAUGGUCCCAAAGGGGUUGGUGCCAUCUACAUUCGCCGCCGGCCCCGUGUACGUGUGGAGGCCCUGCAGAGUGGAGGGGGGCAGGAGCGGGGUAUGCGGUCUGGGACAGUGCCCACGCCCUUGGUGGUUGGGCUGGGGGCCGCAUGUGAGGUGGCACAGCAAGAGAUGGAGUACGACCAUAAGCGGAUCUCAAAGUUAGCAGAUCGGCUGACACAAAAGAUAAUGAAGAGCCUUCCAGAUGUGGUGAUGAAUGGGGACCCUGAGCACCAUUACCCAGGCUGUAUCAACCUCUCUUUUGCAUAUGUGGAAGGGGAGAGUCUGCUGAUGGCUCUCAAGGAUGUCGCCUUAUCCUCAGGGAGUGCCUGCACCUCUGCAUCCCUGGAGCCCUCUUAUGUCCUUCGAGCAAUUGGCACUGAUGAGGAUUUAGCUCAUUCUUCUAUCAGGUUUGGCAUUGGCCGUUUCACUACAGAGGAGGAAGUGGACUACACAGUGGAGAAGUGCAUUCACCAUGUGAAGCGUCUUCGAGAAAUGAGCCCUCUCUGGGAGAUGGUGCAGGAUGGCAUUGACCUCAAAAGCAUCAAGUGGACCCAACACUAGAGGAGUGGGCCUCUGACUUUGUGCUGUCCUGGCUUCUCCUACUUCACCAGCUCAUGCACAUCUGGGUAUCUUAUUAUACCCAGUGGAUGCUUCAUAUCAGACCAGAAUUGGUGUAGUCCAGUUGACUUCAGCAUCAACUACUAUCAGCCCAAGACAGAAAUAUAAGAAAACUAUCUUUCCUCUAGCCUCAGCUCCUUUGGUGGGGGAACACUCAUGUUUCUCUCCAGGAGUACUUCUUUGGUCUUAUGGUGAAUGGAUGUUCUUGGUGGGGAGAGCCAGAGGAACUGGAAGAUGGUUCUUUGUUCAGAGACCUCAGUUCUCUAUGUGGACAUUUGAAUUGUUGCUUACUACUGCACAGCAAGAAUGACUCCUUCAGGAGCAAGCAUAAUCAACUGCUAUUUAAUUUCUUUUUUGGCUCCAAAGCCCACCUCUUCGUGUUCAUUAUAGACUGACAGCAAGUUUCUUAGAAGCCUUGUCUCCUGUUCUUGUCCCUUUAUAUUUUUUUUUGACCUAAUGGAGCUAGAAAUAUCUAUAUAACCCCACCCAUUAUUCUAAUAAUUUAUGUUUCUUUUUAAAAAAUAUUAAUUUGCAGAUAAGAGAAAUAAAAUCACCUUCCUUUAUUUAAUUUGUGACUUUAUGAAAGUCUCAGGGAGAAUUCCAACCUGUACUUGGAAAUCAGGAGCAAACUACCACCCCACUUGAUUCCAGUAGAUGACUCAGUCUGCUUGCAUAUCCCUUCAUUUGACAACUAUUUGAGUACCUUUCAGGAACCUAAUAUUAUUCUGGGUAUUAUGAAUAUAUUGACUAAUGGGACCAAAAGGACUCUGUCCUCAAUGAGCUUUCAUUCUAGUAGAGAGAUGGAAAAUAAGAAGUAAACAAAGCUAUUAUAGAUUGUGAUGAGUGCUACAGAAGAAAUACAAUGAUAAGAGGAAAUAUUAGAAACUACUAUGCUAGAUAUACUAGGAAAGCUUUUUAAAGCAGGUGUUAUGUAAGCAAGAACACGAUUUCCAGUCAGGGAAAGAGCUAGAGAUGAAUGAGGAAUGAAAAGGAGCUGGAAGAGUAAAAGGCCUGAUAUGUUUGAGAAACCAACAGGAUAAUGUAGCUAGAGUAGUUUCUCCAUUUGUGAGUCUGACACUGUAAGUGGAUAGUUACCAGAAAUUUUAAAAAGCAAGAGAAAAAAUAAAUUGGAGUACAUCACA